CAUACAAAAUGUAACACAGCCUUGUUUUUCUACGUAGAUAUCAUUCUAUUAUCCUAACAUAAAUGUAUUUCGGUUGUUCUAUGUAGUUGAGUUUGGAUUUUUUUUUUUGAAAACUUUUAGACAAAAUGCUGGUCUUUUCCCGUGGGAACCGGCUCCGAUUUGGAGUCAUCUUCCGCCAAACUCAAUGUGUCAACUGUCGCCACUACGGCAAGAAAGGCAAGGAAGUAGACAAGGAGCUCUUAAAGGAAAUGGAAAAGCGAUACCAGAUAUUCGCCAAAACUGACUCCAAAUCGCUGUUGAAGAAACACCUCACCCAGGAGAUCUUUGACAAGCUGAAGACCAGGACGACGCCCUCGUUCAACUCCACCUUGUUGCACUGCAUCAAUUCGGGUUUGUGCAAUCCCGACUCCGGUGUCGGUAUUUACGCCCCGGAUGCCGAGGCCUAUAAAGUUUUUGGCGCCAUCUUUGAUCCUAUAAUCGAGGAGUACCAUCGAGGAUUCAAGAAGACGGACAAGCACCCGGAAUCGUGCUAUGGCAGCGGUAAGGACUUUCCCAACCUGGACCCAGACAACGCCUUCAUUGUGUCCACCCGUGUGCGUUGUGGUCGAUCUGUGCAGUGUUAUCCCUUCAAUCCGUGCCUGACCGAGCAGCAGUACGCGGAGCUUCAGUACAAGCUCUGCUCAGCACUGCACUCCCUCGAGGGCGAGUACUUUGGUACCUACAUGCCCCUGGCUGGAAUGGACAAAUCGACGCAGCAGAAGCUUAUCGAUGACCACUUCCUGUUCAAGGAGGGCGAUCGUUUCCUGGAGACGGCUGGUGCCUCUCGCUUCUGGCCCAAUGGCAGAGGCAUCUUCUUCAACAAAAAGAAGAACUUCCUGGUGUGGGUCAACGAGGAGGACCACAUCCGCAUCAUCUCAAUGGAAAAGGGAGGGGAUCUGGGCAAGGUCUACGACCGCAUGAUUGGCGGCGUGGAGGCGCUCGGCAAGAAAAUUGAAUUCAGCAGGGACGAGCGGCUAGGCUUCCUCACAUUCUGCCCCACGAAUCUCGGAACCAGCAUUCGCGCCUCUGUGCAUAUCAAACUGCCCAAGCUCAACGCCGACAAGGAAAAGAUGCAGCAGCUGGCGGACGAGUACCACCUGCAGGUGCGCGGCACCAGUGGCGAGCAUUCUGAGGCCAAGGGCGGUGUGCACGACAUCUCCAACAAGAGACGCAUGGGCCUCACGGAGUACCAGGCGAUCAAGGAGAUGCAUGACGGAAUUAACGCCCUGAUUGAAGCCGAGUGCAAUGCCUAGAUUUCUCCUCGAGACCCACGGACGGAAAGACCAAGCCACUUCAAAUUUCUAGUAGAUAACAUAAAUUUUUUCAUGACUUAAUUUAAAGUAUAUUUUUCUAAAAAUCAACUCAGUAAUAUUAUAAAGUAUAUUAAAUACGUUCCAUGGCGUGAAAACAUCCGAGGGAUGCCAGUGAAAAGUCUGUUUGCAAUACAUUGAGAUUUAAUAAUUUGUUUAAGGUCCAGAUAUGAUUUGCAGACUCUACCAGAUACUUAAUGGAAGCCGGAUAUCCCCAAGGAAGUGUCCUGGACCACUACUCACAUACACUUUAAACUGCCGACAUGCCCAGUCCCAUCAGGCAAUAUACACGAAGCUUACUUUAAGUCUCUCACGGAAGGCGAUUGCACUUUUAUAUAAUUCCAGAUGUCGCGCAGAAGCAGCUAAUGGCCUACGAAGAUAUCUAGAUAGUCUUGUAAGCUGGUAGAAUAGAUGGAACUUAAAGAUUAGUCCUCGGAAAACCACCCAUCUUUGAUUCACUCUCAACUGUCUUAUGCAUAAACCCACAAAUCGACUCUAAAGAGUUACUAGCGGGAAGCCAAUAGAGGCAAAGUAUGUAUAUAUCUUGGCAUCAACCUGGAUAACCGGCCUGCGUGGCCACAGAAUACGGAGGUUCAUUAAUAGAAGAAGCACCAUGCCGUUAAGAUGCAGAAGGACUGUGUAUUGCUCCAAUAUGGCUUCAGGGAAUCUAAAUUUGGGGGAUCGCAGCCAAAUCAAAUCAAGGACAACGUUUCCAGGUCACAAUUUCCCUGGGAUGCACCCGGAUUCACACUUUAUAGAGACCUCAAUAUACACACUGGGGAGGAGCACACUAGCAGAUAUAGUGAUAGGAUACACCGACACUUCAGCACACUUGUAAGGAGACUGCUUCCCGCUCGCCUCCUAAGGCGACUCCUAAAACCAUUGAUGACUUAGGCCCAGGACUCUGGAACUCACUUUAGCCUAGCCUCACGUCCUUUCUAGAAUAAAUAUGAAAUACCCUGUUCUCAUUUCUAUUAAAACUCACAUUUAAUUGGGUUUUUUAUUUGAUUUUUUUUUUUAUUUUUUAAUAAUUUUAAUUCUUUUAUAAACUUAAGGCUUAAAAUAAAAGUAUUUAAAGUUCUUUUUUUGUUUUUGCUUGACACAGAAGUCAAAAUGUUUUACAUUGUUUGGUUGUUUGGUUGUAAUUAAGCAAAUGUUUUUUUUGUCAAAUAGUUAUCCAUUGAAUAGCUGUUGCUGCUUGGUGGUGGGUGCAAUGGGUGGCAGGACGAGACCACUGCCUGUUCCCGCAACUCUCAAAGUAUACGAAAAUGCCGAAAGUCGCCGGGCUGGGACAGUUGCUUCCCAUCCGCACCAUCGCCGCAAGCUCGAGCCAAAGAUCUGCUGCUGCUAAUCGUAGUUGUUCUUACUGUUUUGUUUUAUUUUUUUGUUGAUUGUUGCGUGUUCCCCGGCUGCCGACUACUGUUGGAGAGGUGGUGGUUCCAGGUGCAAGAUCAGC